AAUCCCCGCCAUUUUGAAAUGCUUGUUUUGGUUUGUUAUCGAAACCGGUGCAGGUGUUACAUAUGGGCUCACUCUCUCUGUUUGUGUUGCCCAAUAAGCAGCCAUUGCGGCUUACACACAAUGUUUUCGCAGCUCGAGGCUAAACAAUUAUUUGCUAUAAUACAGCAAAGCUCUCUCCAGGAGGGAGAGAACUUGACCUCCUCUGUUUGUUGGUCACGCCGUGUGCCUCUACAUCAUUUCCAUAUUCAGUUCGCUUUAAAAAUAGUUUCGCCCACGUACAUGAGAUCAAACAACAGGGAUAUACAUAUGGAUUCUCCGGAGUAAUUAAUCGCUCGUGUAGCUCUUAACAUUACGUACGUAUUUUGAGUUGCCAUGUUGUCGUAUCGUAGAGCGGAUGAAAUAUUCGCGGUCAUGGGAAAAGGUGCAGAAAGUUUGCGAAGCCUCGAUCCGCCAGUUGAUUGGCAACUUGUGGAAAGUAUAGGAGAAGGAACUUAUGGUGAGGUUUAUAAAGUCCGAAAUGUCAAAACAGGGGAAAUUGCCGCGGCCAAGGUUAUUGACUCUAUUCUUGAGAAAAUAGAGGAAGUUUUACCCGAGUUGGAAAUACUUAAAAAGUUUUCCGACCAUCCGAACAUUGCUGGCUUCCAUGGUGCUUUUAUUCAACGAGAUCCGAAUCGUCAAGAUCAGCUAUGGCUGGUGAUGGAGCUCUGCAGAGGAGGUUCUGUAACAAAUCUGGUGAAAAAUCUCAUCAAAAAAGGAAAAUCAUUGGAAGAAGAUCUUGUAGCUUAUAUACUUCACGAAACAUUAAAGGGUGUAGAGUAUCUCCAUCGAAAAAAUGUAAUGCAUCGAGACAUCAAAGGUGCCAAUGUGAUGCUCACAAAUGAAGCAGACAUUCGCCUAAUUGACUUUGGCGUAUCUUCAGAGCUUACCAAUGCGCUGAUGAAGAAGAAUUCAUCUGUUGGCACACCAUUUUGGAUGGCCCCUGAAGUGAUUGCAUGUGAACAGCAACUGGACUAUAGCUAUGACAUGCGAUGUGAUGUCUGGUCCAUUGGCAUCACUGGUAUUGAACUGGCAGAUGGUGUUGCACCGCUCUCUGACGAGCAUCCAAUGAGAGCUCUUUUUAAAAUCCCAAGGAACAAGCCGCCAACCAUGAAACAUCCAGAGAAGUGGUCCCAUGAGUAUAGAGACUUCAUUGCUCAUUGUCUGAUAAAGGAUUUCGAGGAGAGACCGUUUGUAAGCCAGUUAUUACAGCAUCCAUUCCUAAAUUGGGUUCCCACAAAGAAACUCGCACUGCGCCGCAAGCUGAUGACGGUGAUGGACUCGCUGUAUCAGGGACGGGACGGAAUCAUGGACGAGAUAGCCCACGAGAGAAGAGCGGGAGCCCGCGACCUCGCCUCCCCACCGCCACCUGGAGACCCCAAAAGAAAUAAUAAAAUGCUACAAGUAAAUGAUCUGGCGUCGUUAUCUACGUUGACCGAGGAAAUCAUAUUGAGUCAUCUUCUCGAGCGGUUCAUGGCCAAUAGAAUUUACACGUACAUCGGAGAUAUCUUGAUUGCUGUGAACCCUUUGCAGACGCUUAACAUCUACGGCGAGGAGCACUCCAGGGCGUACCGCAACGCCGAGAAAAGCUCGCUCCCGCCACACCUCUACAUGGUAGCCGACAUGACAUACCAGGCUAUGAUACACAACAACUCACCACAGUGUCUGCUGAUCAGCGGGGAGAGCGGGGCGGGGAAAACCGUGUCUGCCAACUACCUGGUACAGCAUCUAGCAGACCUAGGCAGGCCCGAAAUUAAAGACGACAAAGUUAUUAAAUGCAAUCAGAGUGAGACUGAUUCAAUUGAGAAACCUGUGUCGGACAACCAAGAAGAUGAGACAGAACCAAGUGCCGACCAGCAAGAUGAUGGUUUAGCUGGCGGCAACAAAACGCUUGAGGAAAAAAUACUACAGGUAAACCCACUGAUGGAGGCACUGGGUAACGCCCAGACGGUAAUCAACGACAAUUCCAGUCGGUUCGGCAAGUUUCUGGAGCUUCACUUCACCUCUAAUGGCGCUCUUAUCGGAGCAAAACUGUCCGAAUAUCUGCUAGAAAAGUCAAGAAUUGUCUUUCAGUCCAGUGAUGAGCGGAAUUUCCACAUCUUCUACUACAUGAUCGCGGGCCUGGCCCACCAGAAGAAACUCGAGAAGUACUCGUUCAAGCUCUACUCUCAGCACAACUAUCUGCAGACGGGUGGGCGUAACUUACAGGACGUUGUGUGCACGCUCGGCAAUCGCAAGAGAUUCGAAGAGGUGCAGAGGUGCUUUGACGUCAUUGGAUUCACUCAUGAUGAGGUGUCGUCCCUGCUAGCCGUUCUUGCUGCCAUCAUCCAUAUGGGAGACAUCGUGUUCACAGAAGAUGAGUCCGUGUCUCAUCUCAGCGACAAGAGCAUGGUCUCCAAUCCACAGGUCCUUGUCAUCGUUUCGUCCUUAUUGAAUCUGAAUGCCGUGGAAUUAAGAGAUGCACUUACUACGAACAGUAAUGUAACACGAGGGGAGACUAUCAUCAGAAACAACACGGUCGAGCAAGCGGUCGACUGCCGAGAUGCCAUGGCAAAGGCACUUUAUGGAAGUCUUUUUAGUUGGAUCGUUCAACGUAUGAAUGUGCUGCUGCGACAGUCUCCUGAAGAGCCAAUAGGGGAUCACAAACACAGAAUUGGCAUCUUGGAUAUUUUUGGUUUUGAAAACUUCACGAUCAACUCGUUUGAGCAGCUGUGCAUUAACAUUGCCAACGAGCAGAUUCAGUUCUACUUCAAUCAGCAGAUCUUCUCCUGGGAACUUGACGAAUACCGCGAAGAAGGUAUCCCUCUGCAUGGCAUCACAUUUGAGGACAACCGGCCUAUUUUAGACAUGUUCCUCCAGAAACCCAUAGGUGUGCUUGCGCUGCUCGACGAGGAGAGUCGAUUCCCUAAAGCCACGGAUUUUACUUUGGUUGAAAAAUUCAAUAAUAACAUCAAGCAACAUUGCUAUGAGCGCACAAAAGAAACAGAGAAUUUUCCCUCGUUCACAAUCAAGCACUACGCUGGGAGAGUAAAAUACAAUGCAACAAAUUUCUUGGAAAAGAACCGUGAUACUCUGUCCCCAGAUGUCGUUCAUGUUCUUCGCACUAGCGAAAACAGGCUGGUCAGGACACUUAUUAACCAGAAAACAAAAGAUGACGUCAGCAAAACCGCUAACCAAGUUUCACUACGGUCCAAUCAGCGUGCAUCGAGUAACAAGUUGGUAACCCCACCAGAUGCGAAGCUCAACUCGAGCUCAAACUCGAAAAUAAACCAGACGGUUUCAGUACACUUCAGGUAUUCACUAAAAGACCUUCUGUCCAAGCUCUUACCCUCGCAGUCACACUUUGUCCGGUGCAUCAGACCGAAUGGCGGCAUGGUUCCUGGAAAGUUCGACCAGGAAAUGGUCCUGUGUCAGCUCCGAUACACUGGAGUGCUUGAAACAACAAGAAUCCGAAAGCAGGGUUUUUCCGAGCGUCUGCCUUUUGACGACUUCGUGAAAAGAUACAAGGUCAUCGGCUUCCCAAUGCAUAAACCAGUUAGGAGUAACGGCGAGGCUUGCAGGACUAUCCUAAAGGCCGCACGUCUGGACAAGUGGAGGAUGGGAAAGACCAAGGUCUUCCUGAAGUACUACCACGUGGAAAAGCUUGGCAAGAUGCUGGAAGACUAUCGAGUACGAGUGGUUAUCGUGCAAAAAGUCGUACGAGGAUGGCUGGCCAGACGACGAUACACAGCAAUAAAAGAGAAAAGGCACGCAGCCGCACUUGAGAUCCAGAAAGUGUACCGAGGUCACGUAGCUAGGAAGCGUUACAGGGCUGAGGUGGAGCGCCAGCGUCAGUUAGCCAUGCUGAUGGAAGAAGAUCGCCUGCGCAGGCUUAGAUUGAAGGAGGAGGAAAGGAGGAAAGAUCGCGAGGCCAAGGCUGCGGUCACCAUUCAGGCUGCUACACGUGGUUAUUUCGCUCGGAAAGAAUACAAGUGCGAACGCGAGAAGAUGGAUUCCAAUGCACGGAUGAUUCAGUCAGUGUUCCGAGGUCAUCAAGUGCGGAAAGAUUUACACAAGCUAAAAGAAGACAUAAAGCGUGAAGACAGAGCCAGAGGGGAGAAGGUUAAAGCGGCUAUUAAAAUACAGUCAAGAAUUCGAGGUAACAGAGCACGCAAACACUUCCACGAGCUUCAGGAAGAGGCGGAGAAGAACGAAACCCAAAGCCUCUUCUUCUUCCAGCAGGUGAUUGAUUCGUCAAGCAGGUUUUUCGACCGACAGCGGCGUCAAAGAAAAUUCAAGGCUCCGAUUGAGCCUGAUCCAAAUAAGCAACAUUUCGACCCAGUAAUCGGCCAUAGACACAUUCGCUCCAAGCAGGGCGAAACACCUCUUCGCAUUUCCAUGAUCGACGAGUUGGACGAGAUCGGCUCGCAACAGGAGACGCAGAGGCUCAUCUUCCUUCAGCAGGCUGAGAAGUCUUGGAAUGACUUUGUGAAGCGGCUGGAAACCCACGUACCCACUGGCCCCAUCAUCGACCCGAACCACUGGAGUCCCUCCAUGGUAGGCGUCCGCGUUUUACCGCAAGAGGAAGGACGUAGGGAGACGCAGUUUUCCAUCAGACCGAGAGAGACUUCCUACUCUGACAUCCACACGAAGUCGUCGCAUCGGAGUGAGAGGUCUUUCAGGAAGGAGCUGUGGUCGGCCGCUGACGAGGCGUAUCUGCGGCACUUUGCAGAUGACAACAAAAGGGACGUCGUAGCAAUGGAUGGAGAGCAGCGCGUGAAAGAGAUGAUGCUUCUGGUUGACGGCCUACCCUCGGACGCCGUCAAAGACCCUGCAUGGCUACAAAACACAUCUGACAGCGAAAAUCAAGUGUCAAGAACGAGACGUUUGUUCGAGUGGCGACCCCCCUCCCCUUCGCCAAACACUGAAGCUGAUGUCAAAGAAUCUUCAGAUGACCCCCCUCUUCGUCAGAGAACGAGCUCCUUUCCUGUGGAGAUAAAUUCCACUUAUCCGCCGCGUUACGCGUCAUCCAACUCGCCUUCUGCACCUUCUUCGCCGAGAACCACCGCUUCGUACGGGACAGCAACGCAUCUCUCUUCGACACAUGCCUUUUCCCCGGCAAAGAAAACAUCUGAACAUUCAAUUGGCAGUUUCACAACCGCUGCUAAGUCACAUGGUGUUCAUGGAGACCCUACAUUACUAUCCGAUGUCUCCGAGCCGUUUCAGUCGUCUUCGCAGAGGUCAUCCGCCGAUAAGAGUUCCCAGCUUACCAUGACAUCCGACGAACACACGCGUCAUGUAAACAACCUAAGACAAAUCCCACGCGCAUCAUCCAAACAGCCUGCAAGAACAACUACAUUUGCCGACGAAAAUCCAGUCAACGGUCUUCAUACAAGCGGUUUAAACGUUAUCAUUGACGUAGACGACACCAACUCACUGUCGUUAGACGUUACCCAAAGGAGCCAGCUAGAGCUGCCCAAACUGAGACCACGAGCGUGGUCGUACACGUCGGGCGAUAUGCCAGAGCAACACACGAGUCCUGGGGCACACCAUAGAGACCGUGGAAGCGACCCACACAACACCAUCCUUUACUCGCACGCGCUGAAGAAGACGGGCAGGAUGGAGAAACUGCUGGGUAUUACGGAUAGGCAAGAGGACGACGUCACAAGAGUUAAUUUCACUGUCCCGUUAGCUGUCUCAUAGACGCACCCCUCAUUUUUUUUUACCUUUAGAAGGCCUUUCUCUGACGGCAAUAUUGUAGUACUUAUACAACUGAGUAGAGAAAUAUAUACCCAUUUAGAUAAAAAAUACUCUCCUGGCCAUUGGUUCAGUUCACAGUUACAGUUUUAUUUGUCAGGCAGAAAACCCAAUCGUUUUCCUUGCCCCGAAGACGAUAGCCUAAAUUUGGGUGUAAAAAUCUCGUGUAACUGGUAUGCCUGGUAUGAAUGUAGAUCGAGACGUUAUCGUACUCGCUAAGCGAGUGAUUCAGCACUAAACAAUUUUUACGAUUGAUUAUUUUUCUCACUUCGCGAAUUUAAUUUUUUAGUGAUGUUAUAUUAUAUUAUAGAAUUGUUUGUAUAUAGUAUGAUAAUAUGUGUAUUGGCUGGGUGGUACGAUCCGUGUUCAGUUAUCGAGUAUGAACAAUUUUGCUAUGCCAGACGUUUGUCAGGCUGAAACUGAUGACUGGUUGGAUGUGAACCGUACCACCACUUAAUAGUUUUUUUUUAGUGUUAUUCCGUAUAGUUUUAUUAAUUAGUACACAUCCAUUCAACAACUAUCGCCAAGUUAGAUAGACCUUGAUCUGAUCAAAAAAAGCGUCCUUUGUGCUCGAUCCUAUGGGUUUGAUUAGUUCAAUUAAGUAUACAUAAUAGAUUCUGACAGAGCCUAGCAUUCGUUUCUAGUUUAGUGUAAUAGUCUACUUUUAAGACCGACUUUCGGCGUGUCGUCUAUUUGUAUUUGUUCAAAACACUGUAGAAAAUACAUUUUUUAGGAGAAUUUGAAUUUUUUGGCUUGGGUCUUGGUAAUAUUAUUUUUUGACAAAAAAAAAAACCCUGAGAUUUUAGGCCAUACUACAGCAGAAAAGAACCCAAGGAGGCAUAAACUCUAUAUCUUAUUCAUUAACCUUAGCUUCUCCAGGGGGUCCGCUUGAGCCCUCAGGCGAUGUUUCAAUAUUUAUGGCUUCUACGGUCUGUGGAUGCAUUUUUGUAACAUUUGUACAAGUAUUAGAGAGACAGUAACUCACUUGCCCAAGGUGGCAGAUUACACCCCACUACCAAUGUGAGGGUGCGUGGUGGCUGGCUUACGCUGAGAUUUGGGUAUUUCUGUGAGGAGGGAUUUGUUGAACCCUUUUAAAUGGUAAUACCCGUCAUCUCACGCUUGCUUGCGGCGGUCGAACUGGAGUAUUAGGUACAACACUCAGCUAAAAGCUUUUAAAAUGGUGGAAUCCAACUAAUAGCCCUUUCUUGCAGUUGACAUUAAAAUAAAUAAAUAUUAAUUAUCGCU